AAGAAAGCGGGGUCGGUUGGAGAGGGUUGUGAUAUAUCGGGACUGGAGGACGCUGUCGUGACAGAGGCAGCGGACUUGCCAACCUAAAGGUAUUCUAUGUUAUCAGUGUCACCUCGCCCUAGUACAAUGCUGCCUGCCAGGGACAGGUGAGCUGUAGAGCGUGUACAGUACAUACAGCACUUCUAUACCCAAUGCUGGGUGCUGAAAGGGGACUUAGUCCUGGAAGUAAGGACUGGUAGGGAAAUACAGAAAUGAUCACCCUGAUGCCUGGCACCAUAGAUACAUGUGAUCAGAUGGGUUGGAUGAGUUGGAUUUCGACCAGUAUUCCCCAACCUAUUGCCCUCUAACUGUUGCAGAACUACAACCCCCAACAUCCUAGGACACUGCAUGGACCAGUGAUUUACUGAGUGGACGAAACCCUGCAGGAGGAAGAGGCAAGCAGUGGGGGACUGGAAGGAGGCAGAGUGGGAGCUGCUGGAGACGGGUUAGGAUUGGAACGCUAUUAGCCUGGGAGGAAGGCCACUAUGACCACUGAAACCUUUGUGAAGGAUGUGAAGCCUGGACUUAAAAACCUCAAUGUUAUCUUCAUUGUACUUGAAACAGGUAGAGUGACCAAGACAAAGGAUGGACACGAAGUCAGAACAUGUAAAGUGGCAGACAAGACCGGCAGCAUCAACAUCUCUGUAUGGGAUGAUGUGGGGAACUUAAUUCAACCUGGAGACAUCAUAAGACUGACAAAAGGGUAUGCCUCUGUCUUUAAAGGUUGUCUUACCCUAUACACAGGAAGGGGAGGGGAUCUGCAGAAGAUCGGAGAAUUUUGCAUGGUUUAUUCUGAAAUGCCUAACUUUAGUGAACCAAACCCUGAUUAUGUUGCACAGCAAUCCCAAAGCAAACAGGCACAGGUUGAGAGCGGGUCAGGAGCAGCUAACCACAACUCCUCAAACAAUGCUGCUCCUCCAGCUACAGAGCUACCCAACGGUAAUGGAAAUAACAACCAGGUUAGUACUGUACACCAGCCCCCUGCAACUCCUCACCAGUCAAGUGGACGAAUUACACGCAGCCAACCCAACCACUCGGUCCCUGGUGCACCAAACUCAAUCAGUAAUGGCAAAGAAACACGGCGGACUGGGAAAAGAUAGCGGAUCAAAGAUGGUGACCAAAAACUCUUAUGCUCUUCUCUUGGCGCCUAAAUCUGGAGAAAAGGCCAGAUUUUUAUGUUACUCAUCUCUCAUCAGAAGAGGUCAGGAUCUGGAUGAUGUUUAAUGAAGCCUCCCAGUGCAUUAUACAACCUAUAUGUAAGGAAAUGUUCUUACAGUGUAAAAGAUCACCGUAUCUUUUAGUAUUUCUGUAGUAUUAGAUCCUGUGCGCGCAGUGCAGAAAAACCGAAGCCCUUAGAAGCUGGGCUGUAGAUGUGUAUCCUUGGCCUGUGUGUUUUUGCUAUACAUAACUCAGCAGUGUUAAUAGCAGGUGAGUUAUUUGGAUGGAAAUAUCUGUUUUUAUUAGACACUGAGCUUGGAAGAGGAAAUUCUUAGUCUUUCCACUUUUAUUAAUUGUAAGGACGCAACUGGAUGAAUUGAUCAGAAGAAGGCAUUUAUAAACUCCCUGGUAUUUUGGCAUCUGAUAUCUGCUUUUUUAUUGCAAUCUAUUUUGUUUUUAUAAAUAAUUUUUUAAUGGGCUGCAUAUCUUCUUAAGGAAUCUCUUUUUAUCUGCUUCUGUAUGACCUUCUAAUAAUCCCUUUUAUUUAUCAAUCUGACAGCAGAGAUUGGGUUCAGUGGAUGAUGGCUUAAAGUAAAUUUACUAUACUAACAGUACAGGAUAUUCGAUAAAAAAAAAAAAAAAAAAAAUCUUCUUCCAUUUUGAGUGUAAUUCACAUUUACCGGACCGGUUAUCAGUAUAAUCCUGAAAAUGUUAUUCUAAUGGAUAUUUUUAAUGCCCAAAGGAAAUAAGCCUAAAUAAACUAAGAUAGCUGUCGGACAAGCUCUUGUUCAAGAACAACAGCAGCAGUUUAUCGCCUCAAGCGGUUUUUCUCUCCACAGUGUAGUGGCCGUGCCUGUAUACUGCAGCUCAUCUCUCAUUCCCCUUAAAGGGGUUCUCCACUGCCCAGUCUUCCGGCGCUCCGCUCGCAGCGUCCGGAAGUUUAUUACUCCGGAC